AUGAAUGCCUUCCUGAGCGAAAGGUAUCGGACAUUGGAAGCCAUCGAAGAUAUGAAACCGACUCAGGCAGUUCCAAAAAGGCUUCAAUCCUUCGAGACAAAGCAACCUCCGAGACCCUCCAGCAGAAAUGCAUCGGCAAGCACCUCAGCGGUGCAAACUUUUUUCGCGUCCGGCAGUUCAGCCGUCCUACUGAGCACAGCGAUCAUUGACGUGUGCCAUUUGGGGACGAACUACCGAGCCCGAGCCUUAAUCGACUCGGGAUCCGAGGCGACGUUCAUUUCAGAGCGCCUGUUCAACCUCAUCAAGUUGCCAUUCCGCAACACCCAGACCCAUGUCUCCGGGUUAAAUCAUUCGGUCUCCGCGAAAUCCUCGAAGCUGUGUCACUUCGGGAUUCGCUCUCCUACUAAGCCAGGUCUACAGUUAGACACUGAAGCGUACGUCCUUCCGGAGCUCUCAGGCAAACUGCCCUCCUAUCCGAUCCCUCGGAAUUCUUUGAAGGACCUGCCCGCACUCCGCUGGGCAGAUCCUACCUUUUUUGAGAGCUCUCAAAUUGAUGUACUGAUCGGGGCUGACAUUCUACCAUCCAUAAUGAUGGAUGGCACCCGACAAAAUAUUUGCGGCUCGCUCCUGGGCCAAGAAACUAUUUUCGGGUGGGUGCUAACGGGGCCGAUUUCCAAGGGUAAACCGAAACGGGUCGCAUCCUUCACGACCCAGGUGCACCAAAUAGGCGACCCUGAUUCGCUCGACACGCUUCUCAGCAAGUUCUGGGAGGUGGAGGAUCUACCAGUAAAGAUGGUAAAAGAGUCGGACUCCUAUUGUGAAAGGAACUUCCUCCAAACAACAACAAAAGACGCAAGCGGGAGGUACGUGGUGACGCUCCCGUUCCGGGACCCCGAGAAUACCGGUUCCGAUUUAGGAUAUUCAAGGUCCAUUGCGUUAGCUCAGUUUCUUAGAAACGAAAAUCGUUUAAAAAGAGACUUCCCCUUAAAAGAGCAAUAUGACAGCGUGAUCCAGGAGUACCUGGAUCUGGGUCAUAUGAAAGAAGUUCCGCCGACUCACAAUUCUCCCUCGUAUCAUCUUCCUCAUCACGCGGUAGUUAAGCCCGAAAGCACCACUACAAAGCUUCGCGUUGUAUUCAACGCUUCAAGUCCGUCGGCAAAUGGGACCAGCUUAAAUGAUAUCUUUCAUGCUGGUCCAGUCUUACAAUCCGAUCUAACGAUCCAGGUCCUGAAAUGGCGUUAUUUUCAAUACGUCUUCAGUGCAGACAUUACGAAAAUGUAUCGUCAGAUCUGGGUCGAUCCAAAACAUACCCCGUUUCAAAGAAUGCUGUUCCGAAACAAGGAAGGAGAUAUCCGAGACUUUGAACUAAAAACAGUUACCUUCGGGGUCAACUGCGCCCCCUUCCUCGCCAUUCGAGUCUUGCAACAGCUGGCAGAGGAUAUCCAAGCGCCAUUUCCAAAUGCCAGCCGCAUCAUCCAGCAGCACAUGUACGUCGACGACGUUCUGGCAGGGGCGAAUUCCGUAAACGAAGCCCAAAGUUCGAUUCGAGAGUUGCAAGCAGCCCUAAGUGCCUCCGGGUUUCCGCUAAGAAAGUGGACCUCGAACAACAAAAGCGUCCUUAAAGACGUCCCGGCCGAACACCUCCUUCAUAGCGAGUUCCUCGACAUCGAUGCCGAAAGCACGGCCAAGAAGCUCGGUAUUCGGUGGAGGGCAAAGUCCGACGAAUUUUAUUUCGUUCCCCCCGAAAUAGUUGUGGAACCCUCCUAUACAAAGCGGGAAGUUUUGUCCCAAAUCGCUAGGUUGUUCGAUACUGCCGGGUGGCUCGCGCCGUUCAUAAUCCGUUCAAAAAUGUUCAUGCAGGAGAUUUGGUUGCAGAACUUAGGCUGGGACGAUAAGCUUCCCACUGAAAUGAGUCAGCGGUGGCAAUCGUUUUUAGACGAGUAUUCCGACCUCAACCAGAUCCGCGUUCCGAGAUGGAUCUGGUACCAGCCUGAGGUAAUCAUAGAGCACCACGGUUUCUGUGACGCGUCUCAGAGAGCCUAUGGAGCGGCUAUAUACAUCCGCGUCGAGAUGGGGGAAAGGAUCCUGACUCGCCUGCUUACAGCCAAAACACGAGUGGCCCCGGUAAAAACCGUCUCCCUUCCUCGGCUAGAGCUCUGUGGUGCCGUGCUGUUAACCGAAAUGGUGACAGCAAUCCUUCCGCACAUGCCCUCCGCCAAUUCAGAUAUCCGCUGCUGGACAGAUUCCACAAUCGUCUUAGCCUGGCUACGAAAGCCUGCGUGCAACUGGACCACAUUUGUGGCCAACAGAGUUGCCAAGAUCACGCAGGCGACGCCAGUCGACUGUUGGGCACACGUUCGCUCAGAACAAAAUUCCGCCGAUCUAGCCAGUCGAGGCGUAUCCCUACAUGAAUUGGCAGAAAACCAUCUCUGGUGGCACGGACCAGAGUGGCUGCAAGGGCCACGAGAGCUAUGGCCAGCACAAAGCGACACUCUUCCAGUGACAGAACUAAAACAGCGCGCGGUCAAAGUGCAUUUUGUCAAGGCCCCGUCCAUCGACUUUCUCGAACGUUUCUCCAAAUUGGACAAGGCCCUGCGAGUUCUGGUCUAUGUUCAACGCUUCCUUAAACGCUGCCGCAAAGAUUUGCUGGCCCUCACACCAGGCCAUUUCCUCAUUGGAGGGCCGUUGCUUUCCACGGCGGAACCCGAGAUAAAGGGCGAAGCCAAGUCUAUAAUAAAUCGAUGGCAACACCUCAAGGCACAACAUCAGCAGUUUAGUGCACGGCGGAAAGAGGAGUAUCUUAAAGAACUCCAUAAACGUAACAAAUGGCAAUUUCCGACCAGGAACCUCCAAGCCGACGAUAUGGUAGUUGUCAAGGAGGACAAUCUACCACCGAACGAAUGGCGGCUCGGCAGAAUCGUUUCUGCCUUUCCAGGAGCCGACGACCGCAUUCGAGUCGUUGAGAUCCGUACGUCUCGCGGCACCAUAAAACGCCCUGUCCACAAGGUUAUUCUUCUACUGAUGGAGGACAAAGAGUCCUCCGUUCCUAGGGAUUAG